AUGAGCGCGCAUAGCCUUCCCGGCCGCCACGAACGGUCCCUCACCCAGAUUGUCUUUAACGCGGAGGGUGACCUGCUGUUCACGGCGUCCAAGGACCCGGUGAUCAACGUUUGGUAUACCUCGAAUGGGGAGCGAUUGGGGACGUUUGAGGGACAUAAUGGAACAGUGUGGACUGUGGCUUGUGAUUCUCAAACGAAGUACAUCGUUUCGGGCGCCGCGGACAGUUGCAUGAAGCUGUGGGAUGUGCGGACUGGGAAAUGCCUGUUCACAUGGGACUUCUUGACCGCCGUCAAGCGGGUUGCAUGGAGCGAGGACGACGACAUGAUUAUGUGCAUCACGGAGCAGCGUAGUGGCCAGCCGAGUGUGAUCCGUGUCUACCAAAUCAACCGGGAAGACAUCUCUCAACAAUCCAAAACACCUGUAACCGAAAUGAUCCUCACCGGCUCAAAAGCCACCGUCGCUCUCUGGGCACCCCUCUCCGACGCCAUCCUCACCGGCCACGAAUCGGGCAAAGUGGGCAAAUACGACGUCAAGACGGGCGAGGAGCUCAACAACGUGCCAGCGGGUGAGGGGCACAAGGGGGAAAUCACGGAUAUCCAGCUCAGUCCGGACGGAACGUACUUUGUUACCAGCAGCAAAGAUAAGACUGCCCGGUUAUGGGACACGGCGACGCUGCAAGAGAUGAAGCAGUACACUACUGAAACACCCCUCAACUCAGCCUGUAUUGCCCCGUUGAGGCCAUAUGUCAUUCUCGGCGGUGGGCAGGAUGCGAUGAGUGUCACGACGACGAGUGCGCGGUCGGGCAAGUUUGAGAGUCGGUUCUGGCACAAGCUGUUUGAGGAGGAGGUUGGGCGUGUUAGGGGGCAUUUCGGCCCUAUCAAUACUCUCGCCGUGCACCCCCAGGGCAAGGCAUACGCAUCAGGCGCAGAGGAUGGUUUCGUCCGGAUCCACUGGUUUGACGAGUCAUACUUCCGCAGUCGGCCUUUUGGUGAUCUCGAGCCAGAGGUUGAGUAG